UUUUAUGCGAGAAUGUAGGACAGGAUUGUGAGCUAGCUGAACGGUGCUGAGAUUGUCACGGUAAAUUCUUGGAGUGAUAAAAGGAGCUUGAAGUUCUUUGAGUAGAAAUUGAACCCAUAAAAGUUCUGAUGUAGUAUCGGCUAGGCUUCUGUAUUCAGCUUCAGCUUCAGCUGAAGAUCUUGCUACCCUCAGUUGUUUCCUAGACCACCAGGAGAUAAUAUUAGAGCCUAGGAAAAUGCAUGACCCAGAAGUAGAUUUUCUAUCUGUAGGAUCUGAUGCCCAAUCAGCAUCACAGAAAGCUGAGAUUGGUAGAGGUAUUUUUGUCAAGGGAAGAGGUUUGAUGAUCAGUCCAUGAGUAAUAGUUCCACAUAGAUAUCUCAGUAUAUGUUUCACAGCUUUCCAGUGUUCUUGUAAAGGAUUAGCCAUGAACUGAUACACCUUAUUUACAACAUAGCUAAGUUCAGGUCUAGUUAGGGUAGCAUACCGUAGAAUUCCAACAACAGAUCUGUAAUGAGAGGGAUCAGGAAGAGGGUCACUCCCUUCAUUGGUAAGCUUACAGGUACUCACCAUAGGUGUUUUCACACCCUUAGAAUCUGUCAUUCCAACUUUGUGAAGAAGAUCUCUGAUGUAUUUGGCUUGUGAGAGGUGCAAACAACCAUUAGGAAGCUUUUUGACUUGGAUUCCUAAAAAGAAAUCAAUAUCUCCCGGGUGUUUGAGAGAAAAGGAACAGUGAAGGGUUUGAAUGAUGUGUUGGAUAACUGUGGAAUUAUUGCCAAUGACAAGAAUGUCAUCAACAUAGAUGAGGAUGUAAAUUUGGAUCCCAGGUUUAAGGUAUAUAAGAAGAGAAGGAUCACUCUUGCUCUGUUUGAAACCAACAUUGUAUAAGACUGAAGUGAGCUUGUGAAACCAAGCUCUUGGUAUACCGAUCAAGGCUUGGAGAAGUUUGGGAGAGAGGCGUCGAGUGGUUAACAAGUUUUUUCAACAUGAUUUGGAGAAACAACAAGAUGCCAACGAGUUGGAGGAAGAGUACUUUUAUCCCCUUAUUUAAGAAUAAAGGCAAUGUACAAGAAUGUGCCAACUAUCGAGGGAUUAAGCUUAUGAGUCACACCAUGAAACUUUGGGAGCGAGUGAUUGAGCAAAGACUUCGAAGAACUGUGAAGAUUUCAGAGAAUCAAUUCGCUUGUAUGCCUGGUUGCUCAACAACUUAGGCCAUUCACCUUCUUCGGCAACUUAUGGAGAAGUAUAGAGACGCUCAUAAGGAUCUGCAUUUCGGGUUCAUUGACUUAGAAAAGGCAUAUGAUAGGGUACCUCGAGAAGUUCUUUGGUGGGCCUUAACUAGGAAAGGCAUAUCACGCAAGUAUAUCACCAUCAUCAUGGAUAUGUAUGAGGAAUGUACUACAAGUGUCCAUACUAGUGUAGGGAGGACUGAAGAGUUCCCUAUUACUAUCGGAGUGCACCAAGGAUCGGCCUUGAGCCCUUUCUUAUUUGCCAUAGUCAUGGAUGAACUUACGAAGUCAAUUCAAGACGAUAUAGCGUGGUGCAUGUUGUUUGCCGACGAUAUUGUAUUGAUUGAUGAGACGCAAUCAGGUCUUAAAGCAAAGUUGGAAGUAUGGCGACAAACAUUGGAGAAUAAGGGUUUCAAACUAAGUCGGAGCAAGACAGAGUACAUGGAGUGCAAGUUUGGUGGAGGUAGAAGCAGUGGUAAUAGCGGAAUUACUCUGGAUGGUAAGGAGAUACCAGUCAUUGAUAUGUUCCUUUACUUGGGCUCCAUAAUUCAGAAGGACGGUGAGUUAGAUGGAGAUGUAUCCCAUAGAAUCAGAACAUGGUGGAUGAAGUGGAAGAGUGCGUCAGGAAUUCUAUGCAACCGAGGUAUGCCGACUAGACUGAAGGGUAAAUUUUAUAGGACAGCAAUUAGGCCUGCAUUACUGUAUGGCGUAGAGUGUCGGGCGGUGAAGCAAUGCCACAUUCAAAAGAUGAGUGUGGCAAAGCUACGUAUGUUGCGUUUGAUGUGUGGACAUACCAUAAAAGACCGCUUGAGGAAUGAGACAAUCAGACAAAGGGUGGGAGUAGCACCUAUUGAAGAUAAGAUGCGGGAGUCACGGCUACGGUGGUUUGGUCAUGUGCGUAGAAGAUCGAGUGAUGCACCUAUCAGACGAAUUGAGAUGUGUGGAUCAGAGGCAGGGAAGAGAGGGAGAGGAAGACCCAAACAGGCGUGGGUUAGGGGAGUUCGAAGUGAUAUGCUUCUUCUGGGGUUGGAUGAGGGCAUGACUUUGGAGAGAACUAAGUGGAGGGCGGGUAUUCGCGUGAAGGAGUGAUCUCGUAUAAUCUUUUUCCUUCAUCUUUUUUCCUUGUUUUUUAUCCUUAUAUAUAUAAGCAUUAUUUGUAGCCUUUUUAUUUUAUAAUUUUUAUGUAUAUUCAUCUCUUUUUAUAUUAUCUUUUUAUAAUAGCUUAUCUUUUUUAUCUUUAUUUUCUUUCUUUUCCUUUUGGUUGUGAUAUCAUGUAUCGAUUCAUGUUAGCCAACCCCAAUAUCUUUUGGGACUAAGGCUUGGACGUUUUUGUUGUUGUAAUGAUACGCUUUCGUUCCUUGUUCAUUUUCACCUUCUUAUAUGCUUAUGGUUUCAUGAAUGUAUGUCUGCAUCACGAGUGGACCGAGGGCUAAGCACUUAGGACUUAGAAAAUUUUCUAAGUGAUGUUUACCACUAGGCCCUCGGUUGGAAUCUCCUUUUAGUCGUGUGGACAUAGCCAUUUCAAGGGUAAUGUUAUGAACAUGCCCUCAGCUGAUAUCAUCCCUUAGUAUGUGAUGCCCUUGAUUUGUAUUAGUCUUGGGCAAAGUCUCCCUUAGCAGGGUAUGAUGGUGCCGGGGGCACUUAAUUCAUGGACUUAAAAAAUGUGAAAGACAUUAUAGAAUAUUCUUUAGAAUAUGUUUUAGAAUAUUCUUCUAUCUUUAGAAUAUGCUUUAGAAUAUUUUAGGAAUAUACUCUAGGAUAUUAUUAUUGUAUAGAAUCUUAAAGGAAUAUUCUAUCUUUGUAAUGUAUAUAUAUAUGGGCUUGACCCUCCAAUGAAAGACACACAAAAAUCAUUCUUCUCAUUACUAUUCUAUCUUUAAUUCUUACAACAUGGUAACAGAGCAAUCUGUUCCAGUUUAGCUUAGCAGUAUUUUCAGAAUCUCAGUUCAUGCCUCAGCCAGAACCUUAGCCCAAAAUUCAGAACCUCGGUCCAAAAUCCACAGUUUCACAGAGCAUCACCUCUACCCUAAGCAGUCACACCUUCCGCCGCCGACCUUACACUCGAAAUCCGCAGGCCACACGCGCCGUCAGAGGACCUCGCAGACCUAAUCGCAGACCCAAUCGCCGGAGAAUCCAUCGGAACUAUUUUCCGGUGUCUUGAACGGUAUUAUCUUUCUGUGACUUUGCUUAUUAAGUAACAACGACAUUCAAGGAUAGUAUUUUGGUCGCUGUAAGUUUACUUAAUACAUAGCAUCUUAUUUCUGCAAUUAAAAAAAAAGGUCAAAAAAAAGUCAAAAAAAAAUGCAUGGUUCUGAUACAGACACUUCCACCGUACAACAUGCUCAGCCUUUGGUAGUUUCCGAAGUUAUUCCCAUUAAUUUUAAAAUUACUGAGAAUAAACUUUGUGGCUCUAACUAUCUUGAAUGGAGUAAAACUAUCAAACGUUAUUUACGAAGCAUUGAUAAAUACACCCACUUAGUUGAUGACCCGCCAAAGGAGGAGAUUGAUAGAGUUGCUAAUGCUGUCUGGCUUCGUGAUGAUUCUAGAUUAUUUAUCCAGAUUCAGAACUCCAUGGAGAAUGACGUCAUGGGGUAUGUUAGUCAUUGUGAUACUGUGAAAGAACUCUUUGAUUAUUUGGAAUUUAUGUAUUCUGGCAAAGGUAAUCUUAACCACAUCUAUGAGGUGUGCAAAGCCUUUUACAGGGCAGAAAUGAAAGAUAAGCCUCUCACAUCUUAUUUUAUGGAUUUCAAGAAAACGUAUGAAGAACUUAAUACCUUAAUGCCCUUUAGUCCUGAUAUCAAAGUGCAGCAGAAACAACGCGAACAAAUGGCAGUCAUGAGCUUUUUGGCCGGUCUUACGUCUGAUUUUGAAACAGCCAAAUCACAUAUCCUAUCUAGUGAUGUGGUCUCUUCUCUUCAAGAUGCUUUCAGUAGAGUGCUUCGCACUGACACUUCAUCCACAUCAUCGGCACCUCAGCCAAGCAAUGCUUUUGUAGGGCAAGUCUCAACAUUCCCCAAUGGAGGUGAGAAGUGGCCACGCACAGGACCGAUUGGCAAAGGAGUAGUAUGCAACUACUGUAAGAAACCCGGACACUUGAUCAAAGAUUGUCGAAAGCUAAAGUUCAAAAAUCAAGGAAAUCAAGUCGCUCACAUUGCUUCCGCUACACAGCCAUCUAAUGGAUCCAUCAUUAUGUCUUCGGAGGAAUAUGCCAAAUUCCUAGGUUACCAGGAGGCUCUAAAGCAUUCAUCUACUCCUAUCUCAGCUGUAGCUAAUUCAGGUAAUCCAAACACAUGUCUUGUAUCUUCAUCCUCAAAAUGGGUUAUCGAUUCAGGAGCAACAGAUCAUAUGACAGGUAAUCCUAGUCUUUUUUCCUCAUUCCACACACCUCUUCAUACUUCUAGUGUGACUUUGGCUGACGGAUCUACGUCACCCGUUCUUGGUACGGGUACAAUUGUCCCAACAUCUACCUUACCUUUGUCACCCGUCCUACGUCUUCCAAAUUUUGCUUUCAAUUUGAUUUCGAUCAGCAAAAUCACACGUAAACUUAAUUGUUCCGUAACCUUUUUUCCUAGAUAUUGUGUAUUUCAGGAUCUGUUGACGAAUCAGGUUAUUGGUAAAGGAUAUGAGUCGGCCGGUCUCUAUGUAAAACUUGAGAUUUAAUUUAAAUGGAUUAAUAGUACUACUCAUACCAACAGAGGUGCAUCUCCUUUUAAGGGAGCUCAUCACCCAAGAACUCCAAAGUUAAGCGUGCUUGCACAGGAGUAGUCUUGGGAUGGGUGACCCCCUGGGAAGUUUCUCAGGGCGCGCACGAGUGAGGACAAAGUGCGCGGUAAAGGCUUGUGGUGGUUUGUGAGGACAGUACUAGAGGUCAGAAGUAACUACCUCAGGGCCUGUGGGGUCGGGGUGUUACAGGUGGUAUCAGAGCAACCCUGCGACAGUGUGCUGAUCCGUUGGAUAUCGGGCGGGCACUUAGUAGGGGAAAAGAUUCUGGGAUAUGAUUGAGAUUGGUUUAUGGGCGCAACGAGGACGUUGCGUUCCUAAGUGGGGGUGAUUGUAAAACUUGAGAUUUAAUUUAAAUGGAUUAAUAGUACUACUCAUACCAACAGAGGUGCAUCUCCUUUUAAGGGAGCUCAUCACCCAAGAACUCCAAAGUUAAGCGUGCUUGCACGGGAGUAGUCUUGGGAUGGGUGACCCCCUGGGAAGUUUCUCAGGGCGCGCACGAGUGAGGACAAAGUGCGCGGUAAAGGCUCGUGGUGGUUUGUGAGGACAGUACUAGAGGUCAGAAGUAACUACCUCAGGGCCUGUGGGGUCGGGGUGUUACACUCUAUCUCUUGGAUACAUCCUUACCCAAAUCAAUCUCUUGUCUUGGAAUUGGAACUGUGUUAGAGGCUCACUAUCGACUAGGUCACCCUUCUCUUCCGUUGUUAAAGAAGCUUUAUCCUCAAUUCAAUAAGGUGUCAUCUUUACAGUGUGAUUCGUGUCAAUUUGCAAAACAUCAUCGAAGUAGUCUAAGUCCUCGAGUCAAUAAACGAGCACAUGCUCCUUUUGAACUGGUUCAUUCUGAUGUUUGGGGUGCUUGCCCUGUUGUGUCCAAAUCUGGUUUUAAAUAUUUUGUUACCUUUGUUGAUGAUUAUUCUCGUAUGACUUGGAUUUAUUUCAUGAAACGUCGUUCCGAGUUAUUUUCUCAUUUUUGUGCCUUUUGUGCUGAAAUCAAAACUCAAUUUAAUGUACAUGUUCGUAUUUUAAGGGGAGACAAUGCUCAAGAGUAUUUGUCUGCCUCAUUUAAGUUGUAUAUGGCUCAACAUGGCAUAAUUCAUCAAACUUCAUGUGUAGACACACCUCCCCAAAAUGGAGUUGCUGAACGAAAGAACAGACAUCUAUUAGAAACUGCGCGGGCUCUUCUAUUCCAAAUGAAUGUGCCAAAACAUUUUUGGGCAGAUGCUGUGUCUACCGCAUGUUUUUUGAUCAAUCGAAUGACAUCUACUGUUUUAGAUGGUAAAACUCCAUAUCAGUGCCUAUUUCCAAAUAAUGAAAAUUUUCCUAUUCCUCCUAAAGUUUUUGGUUGCACUUGUUUUGUACGAGAUGUUAAUCCCCAUUUAACAAAGUUAGAUCCCAAGUCAUUAAAGUGCAUUUUCUUAGGCUACUCUCGAGUUCAAAAGGGGUAAAGAUGUUUUUCUCCAAGUACAGGUCGGUAUAUUGUUUCAAUUGAUGUCUUCUUUUAUGAAAAUACACCAUUUUCAUCAACAGACACAAAUAUCUGUAGGGAGAAUGAUGGUAUACUCAUUUACACAGUCACUAUACCCGAGUCCAAUACUUCAGCAGUUCUUCCCCAUGUUACUUUUCCUGAGCCUAGGCCUCCGAUACACUUGGUAUACACCCGUCGACACAAAGUGCAAGAUCACCCUCCACCUGUGGUUACUUCUCCUGAUACUGAUCCGAUGUCAUAUCCUGAACCGACACCUGCAUCUUCAGAUCCUGUCUCUACAUCAGAUCUUGAUCUCCCCAUCGCACUACAUAAAGGUACACGGUCUUGUACUCAUCCUAUUUCUUCAUGUGUGUCGUAUAAUCAGUUAUCAUCUGCCUCAUGUUCUUUUAUUGCUUCCAUUGAUUCUAUUUCUGUUCCCAAAUCUGUUAAAGAUGCUUUGUCUCAUCCUGAUUGGCGUCAUGCCAUGGUAGAGGAAAUGAAUGCUUUGGAUCUUAAUGGUACCUGGGAUUUGGUAGACUUGCCUACAAGUAAGAAGUCUAUAGGAUGUAAGUGGGUCUUUGCUGUAAAGGUUAACCCUGACGGAUCCGUUGCUCGAUUGAAAGCCCGAUUAGUUGCGAAGGGUUAUGCUCAAACCUAUGGCGUUGAUUAUUCUGACACAUUUUCUCCUGUUGCUAAAUUAACAUCUGUGAGAUUACUUAUUUCUCUCGCAGCAACUCAUGGUUGGCACUUACAUCAAUUGGACAUUAAGAAUGCAUUCUUGCAUGGUGAUCUUCAGGAGGAAGUUUAUAUUGAGCAACCUCCGGGGUUUGUUGCUCAGGGGGAGUAUGGGAAAAUUUGUCGACUUCGCAAGUCUCUUUAUGGUUUGAAACAGAGUCCCCGUGCAUGGUUCGGGAAAUUCAGCCAAUCAAUUGAACGAUUUGGGAUGAUAAAAGGCAAAUCAGAUCACUCUGUAUUUUACAGACAAACGAAAACAGGUAUUACAUUGCUUGUGGUGUAUGUCGAUGACAUUGUGAUUACAGGGAGUGAUAAUACAGGUAUUUUGGCCCUAAAGAAUUUUCUUCAUAGUCAAUUCCAGACGAAAGAUUUGGGCUCAUUGAAAUACUUCUUGGGAAUUGAGGUUACACGGAGUAAGAAAGGCAUAUUUCUAUCUCAACGUAAAUAUGUGCUUGACUUACUAACUGAAACAGGGAAAUUGGGGGCAAAACCAAGCAGUACUCCCAUGAUUCCCAAUGUACAACUCACUCAUGAAGGUAUGUCAUUCGAAGAUCCGGAAAGAUAUAGACGGUUGGUUGGAAAACUUAAUUAUCUCGCAGUUACCCGUCCAGAUAUUGCAUACUCAGUGAGUGUAGUAAGUCAAUACAUGUCAUCUCCGACAGUGGAUCAUUGGAAUGUUGUAGAGCAUAUAUUAUGUUACUUGAAGGGGACACCGGGAUGAGGUAUUGUUUAUCAGAAUCAUAAUCACAUGAGAAUAGAAUGCUCUGCAGAUGCUGAUUGGGCUGGAUCUAAAGAUGAUAGAAGAUCCACAUCUGGCUAUUGCGUCUUUGUUGGUGGUAAUCUCGUCUCUUGGAAAAGUAAGAAGCAGAAUGUGGUUUCUCGUUCGAGUGCUGAAUCAGAAUAUCGGGCUAUGGCACAAUCGGCAUGUGAGAUAAUAUGGAUAAACCAUUUAUUGAGUGAAAUGGGAUUGAAGACACCAAUGCCUGCAAAACUCUGGUGCGAUAACCAAGCUGCUAUACACAUUGCCAACAAUCCAGUGUUUCAUGAGAGAACAAAACAUAUUGAGAUCGAUUGUCACUUUGUUCGAGAAAAGAUACAACAAGGAUUGAUCUCUACAGGGCAUGUGAAGACUGGAGAGCAACUUGGAGAUUUGUUCACUAAAGCACUAAAUGGAAUUCGUGUUGGUUACUUAUGUAACAAGUUGGGCAUGAUAAAUAUUUAUGCUCCAACUUGAGGAGGAGUGUGAAAGACAUUAUAGAAUAUUCUUUAGAAUAUGUUUUAGAAUAUUCUCCUAUCUUUAGAAUAUGCUUUAGAAUAUUUUAGGAAUAUACUCUAGGAUAUUAUUAUUGUAUUGAAUCUUAAAGGAAUAUUCUAUCUUUGUAAUGUAUAUAUAUGGGCUUGACCCUCCAAUGAAAGACACACAAAAAUCAUUCUUCUCAUUACUAUUCUAUCUUUAAUUCUUACAACAAAAAAUUUCCAUUGAGUUUGCAACUAGCAGCCCUCUGUAGAAAUGCGGAGUUAGUGAACCUCUGUCUUACUCGUAGACUAGGAGCCUCCGGUGUGGAUUGUGGUGCUUGAGGCUAUAGGAGUGUGGAUUUAGGAAAUUUGAGCUCAUGUCUGUGAGCAGACGCCUUCGAUAAUAUAUAGUAGGUGCCCUCGAUCCUUGUUGAGCAUAUGAGCUCUCGGCAUUGAUGAAUCCCAAAGUGUGGACUUAGGAAUUCUGUAGCCCAAUCACCUCAUAGUAGGCCCCCUCGAUCCAUGUUGCCUACUUGAAGGCUAUCCUACAGGAGCCUUCGGUCCAUUUGUAGGAUUAGGGCCUUUGGUGUUGAAUGAUGCCGGAGGCUGCCAGAGUGUGGACUUAGCCAAUUUUUGGUAAUACUUUUUGAAUAGGAUUUGAAAGCAAUCUUCUUUUUGGCCGCCGAAGGCUGUUCCAUUGUAAAAUUGGUACUCCUUGAUUGCUCGUUGAGUCUACUCCCUUCACCCCUCCCUUUUUGGAAUCAUGAAGGGAAGGCUUCAAAAAACUUGGUUUCUUAGUAAGGCUUGGCCUAUGCGGGAGGCAACGGAACAAACCGUCGGCUCCCCCCUCAAUUUACCUUCUGAGAUCCCGAGGGGUUUGAGGGUCGUUUCCUCGGCCUGAGACAUCGUCUGUUGUAUGCCUCCCCUUGAGGGAUGGAGCGGAAAGCGCCUCGGUUUUGAAAGUCGUCCCCUCAGCCCGAGACAUAGUAUGUUGCCUGCUUAACCUUGGGGGAUAGCGUGGGGAGUGUUUCGUUUUUGAAAGUCGAAUCCUGGGCCCGGGACAUGGUCCGUUGCCUGUCUCCCCUUGGGGAUGGCGCGGAAGCGUUUCAGGGAAGGGUUUUAUUUGUGUGUGAAACACAAAUGGCCGGGGGUACUUGGUAUUGUACCCCUGGUCUUUUUUUUUAAAGUAUGCAUGAGUAUGCACAAUGCAUGUAUGAAGGCGCCCUCGAGGGGAACGGCUUCAAAACACUUGGUGUUUUUAAGAGUUUAAGGGCGUAUUAUGCGUAUCUUGCACUUGAUACUUUUGUAGCAUGUUGCGUUUUUAGCCUCAUGAAAGGAAGAGGCAUUGGGUCGUUCAUCGCCUAUACUGGUGAGUGAUGAGGGCUUGGCCGCUCAUUCGUACUUAGUACUCUAUGUUUGAACACAUUCAUUCUUUUGAAGGGGCCUUGGGCCGUUUGUGAAAUACACAGGUGAUGAGGGCUUCGCCGCUCGUAUAUUAUUGAUAGAAUUUGACUAAGUGAUGUAUGUUCCAAUGCCCGGGGACUUCGGUCCCGUUGGGGUGCUUCAACUUGUAUGUUCAUGGUUUGAUGAUGGUCGUGACGAUGUAUGGCCCUUCGAACUUUGGUGCCAUUUUGCCGCCUUCGGUGGGCUGACUGGCCUCCUUCCUUUGGAGGACGUAGUCCCUCACUUGAAAUUCUCGGGAACGGACCUUGGCGUCGAUGUAUCCCUUUACUUUCCGUCUGUAGUUUUCCGCCCGCAUGAAGGCCUGCUCUCGACGCUCGGAUAUGAGGUGAAGGUCGAGGGCCAUGUUGGCGUCGUUGACCUCAGGUUCGUAUUGAUCUACCCUUCGGGUGGGGAGAGUUACCUCAGUGGGAGCCUUGGCUUCGAAUCCAUAGCACAGGGAGAAAGGUGUUUCGCCUGUUGCUCGCCUAGGGGUGGUGCGUUAGACCCACAGGAUGUUGUGGAGUUCUUCUACCCAGUCUCCCCUUUCGGCUUCCAGCUUCUUCUUUAGCCCUUCCAGCAGAGUUCGGUUGGCGUUCUCCAUUUGUCUGUUGCCUUGGGGGUAGGCAACUGAUGAGAAGGUGUGUUUGAUGCCCCACGCCUCUAGGAGGGCGUGGAAGGGAGCUGCCUCAAAGUGAGUUCCAUUGUCGGAGAUGCUGGCGAGGGGCUCUGCUUCCACCCACUUGGUGAAGUAGUCUAUGGCCACAAUGAUGUACCUGUUGUUAGAGGUACCCCUCGGCAAAGGGCCUACCAGGUCGAUGCCCCAUCUGGAGAAGGGUAUGACGGUGCUGAUGGGGGCGUAGUUGACUGUUGGUCUGUCGGGGGCCUUCUGAAAGUGUUGGAAUGCGAUGCACCUUCGGGCAAGAUUUGCACAAUCCCGGGCCAUUGUGGGCCAGAAAUAGCCCUAAACUAUGAGCCUUCGAGACAUGGAGAAGGGUCCCUGGUGAGCCGAGCACUUGCCACUGUGCACUUCCUCCAUCGCGACAUCGGCCUCAUCUUGAUGAAGGCACCGGAGUAAGGUGCUGUUGUAGGAUCUUUUAUAGAGCUUCCCGUUCUCGAUAGUGUAGCUGGGGGCCCUCAGCUUCGCUAGUUUUGCGCGGGCCUCAUCCUCGGGCAGCUACCCUGCGGUGGUGAAAGUGAUGAUGUCGGAGAUCCAAUCCUCCAACCUUACACGCAAGUCCAUGAUGGGGCUCGCGUGUAUGCUUGAGAGGCUAAGUUCUUCAAUCCUCGCGAUCUUGGAGAGGUGCUCCGGAGAUUCAUCCGAGAGUUUCUACAAAAUGUCGGCCUCAUAGUUUUGAGUCCUCGGUAUCUGAGUGAGAGAGUGCGCCUCAAAUACCUUAAGCAACUCCUUGACCGUUUCUUUGUAUUGCUUCAUCCUUCCUUCCUUCGCCUCAUAUUCGCCAGAAAGUUGGCCGACCACUAACUUGGAAUCACACUUUACAUGGAUCAUCCUUGCCCUGAGGUUGGCCGCUAGCCGAAGGCCACAGAGGAGGGCUUCAUACUCCGCUUCGUUGUUGGAAACUUUGAAGGAGAAGCGGAUGGCAUAGUAGGCGCGGAAGCCUUCGGGUGUGAUGAGAACUACGCCUCCCCCGCAUGCCUUUGAUGUCGAGGAGCCGUCUGUUUAGAGGGUCCACCACUGAUCCAAAGGUGUCGGGGGUUCUUCGUCCACUGCUGAUCUUGUCGUGCACUCCGUAACGAAGUCCGCCAGGGUUUGGCGCUUGAUGGCGGGCCUCGGACGGAUGUCUAUAUCGUAUUGGCUGAGGAAGAUGGCUUAUUUCACCAUUCUGGAGGAGCUGGUGGGGCUCCUCAUGAGAGCGCCGAGAGGUUGGUGCGUGAGCACUUGUAAUGGGUGAGCUUGGAAGUAGUGCCCUAGCUUUUUGACAGUCCAAACGAUGGCUAGCACCGUUUUUUCCACGGGGGAGUACCUGAGUUCUACCUCCCUGAGGGUAUUGCUGACGUAGAAGAUGGCAUGUUGGAUGUCGUUUUCCUCCCGGAUGAGCACUGAGCUGAUGGCGGCAGGGCUAGCGCCAAGGUAAAGAUAUAGGGUUUGUCCCACCUUAGGUUUUGAGAGCACAGGGGUGAAGAUAAAUACUGUUUCAAUUCGUCGAAGGCCUCCUGGCACUCUGAUGUCCAUUCGAAGUCGGCUGUCUUCCUCAUGAUUUGGAAGAAGGGAAGGGCUUUCUCCGCUGAUUUGGAAAGAAAGCGGUUUAGGGUUGUCAGGUGACCCGUCAACCUUUGUACUUCCUUGACGUUGCGUGGGGGCUCCAUGUUGAUGAUGGCCUGGAUUUUAUCGGGGUUGGCCUUGAUACCCCUUCGGCUCACCAUGUAGCCUAAGAACUUCCCUCCUUGCACGCCGAAGGUACAUUUCUUUGAGUUUAACCGAAGGUUAAACUUCUGCAUGAUGGCGAAUAUCUCCCGGAGGUCAUCAGUAUGGCUUGAUGCUCGCUUACUUUUGACGAUCAUGUAAUCAACAUAAGCCUCCAUGGUGCGCCCUAGGACGGCUUGAAAGACUCUGGCCACCAUCCGGGUGUAAGUGGCACCUGAAUUCUUCAGGCCGAAGGCCAUAACCAGAUAGCAGAAGAUGCCUUUGGGUGUCAUGAAGGUUAUCUUUUCCGCGUCUUCCUCGGCAUGUAGAUCUGGAGAUACCCGCGGAAAGCAUCGAGAAAUGACAUGAUUUCACAGCCUGCUGUCUCAUCUACCAAUUGAUCAAUGUUUGGUAAAGGGAAAGGAUCCAUAGGGCAUGUCUUAUUCAAGUCGGUGUAGUCCACACACAUGCGGAAGGUUGGUGGCUUAUGUGCAAGGACCACAUUAGCCAUCCAUGAGGGGUAUUUCACCUCCCGGAUGUGUUUGAUGGAGAGGAGCAUGGAAACCUCCUUCUUCACGAAGUCCCUCCUAUCGGCCGAGAGGGGCCUUCUUAUCUGUUGUACUGGUUUGGCCGAAGGGUCCACCGUCAGGCGGUGAGUGAUGACCCUUCGGUGGAUCCCCAUGCAAAAACAAUGGAGUUGGCACGGAGGGCUUCGGUGAUGCCGGUCUUCAAGUCUUCGGGGAGCUUGGCUCCAAUCUUCAAGACUCUCUCCGGCUUGGUCGGAUCGAGUACAAAGUCUUCUGUCUCUUCGGCAGACUCAGCCCUCGGCCUGCCUUCUUCCUCGUUCAAGGCGGCGAUGAUUGUAUCAACGCGCAGUUCAAUUUUACUAACCUUCUUUGUGAGUUGAAGGUAGCAAGCCCAAGAGAGCUUUUGAUUCCCCCUCGAGUAACCAAUGCCACUGGGUGUGGGGAACUUGCGGCAGAGGUGCCUCAUGGAGAUGACGGCAUCCAAAUCCUCGAGGGCGGGUCGUCCGAGGAUGUUGUUGUGGACGCAGUCAAAGUUGACGACGACGAAUUCCACUUCGAGCUUGGCCCUAUGGAAUCCGUCGCCGAAAUCAACCAUCAAAGAAAUGACGCCCUCGGCGUAGAUGGUGUCCCCUAUGAACCCGGAGAGAGGUGUUUGGAUCCGCCGAAGAGAUCCCAUAUCGAGCUCCAGCUCCCGAAAAGUACUGAGAUACAUAACGUUGACAGAGCUACCUGUGUCAACAUAGGUACGGAGGAU